CCUGCCGUUUUCUUUUCACCCUUCGCUCUCCGGUGCGCCCCGCAUCUAUUGCCGCCAAAGGCCUUCUUCACUUUGCGCUCACACUUCGCAAGCCCCUUGCUUCGCCGUUUUAACCAAGGCUUCUCCCGUCAUGGUGCCAAGGAAGGAUCGCGCGAAGGCUCCACCAUCUUCGCUCUUGGGGCCUUCGUCGAUGACCGAAGAUAUGCUAAAGGACCUGGAGAAGCGCCGAGUGAUCGCUCGUCGCGCUGCGCGGGUCCCACCCUCGACAGAUGUUUACGCAAACCCUGAAGAUGACGAGGUUAUCGUGUUCAAGGACUUCUUCGCCACCAGCCUCUGUUUUCCUCUGGAACCUGCCGUGGUGGACAUCUUCCGACGAUACGGGGUUUAUCUACACCAGAUGACUCCCAACUCCUUCGUCCGGCUGAACCUCUUCAUGUGGCUAGCGAAGACUUGCUAUGUUUCUCCCACCGUGGAGAACUUUGCCCGCGUGAGCCGCGUUCACUACCAACCGAAGACCAUCAUGAUCCGCGGUGGAGCCCCUGUAUGGCUGCUACACCUUCGCAUUUCAGAUGACCGCGCCUAGCCCCGUCGCUGCAUCGAAGAACAAAUGGUCAGGUGACUGGGCCUCAUGCUGGUUUUAUCACAAGGUCCCCCUUGACCCGGUGACGAAGCGCCACCCCCUUGUGGUUAAGAACAUUGGGGAUUUGGGGGACACUCCGAGCGUCGAGUUGGAGCGCCUGCCCGAACACGAAGCAUACCUCUCGGUUCUUUGGGAGGUAUCAAAGGCCUUCAGCAUGCGGGACAUCACCGAGGAGUAUGUGGCGUGCGGAUGCUUUGCUGUGAAAGCUGGGUGGACUAUCCCCUCGUGGUUGCCGGAGGAGAAGUGUGUCAAUGGCAUUCCCGUGCCCGACUUCGCCGAAGCAUUUCAGCUUGGAAAAGAACGCGAGUCUCCUAUACGCAACUUGUUAUGCUCUUUUGGCUUUGGUAACUUACCUGACCUUUGUUUUUCAGAAAUUGAUGCAAGAGCGGUGGAGGGCCGGGCUGAUGAAAUCCUCGGCCCCGAGUCGAGCAACGAGUACGAUCUCUUGCUGGCGAAGCUCGAGGGGACCCGGAAGAACCGGGUGUUUCGAUUCUUCAAAAUCGAAGCUCCUCAGCGUGUCGCCGAGUCGAGGCUUGCUGACCAGAGGAAGAAGAAGGAUGCCGGGGCUGCUCCCUGAGGCGGUGGGAGCUCGGCUGCAACCAUCGUCUUGGAGAAGAGGAAGAAAAGGAAGGGGGCUCUGGCUCUGGAGCAUCGAAGCGUCCCAAGCUAUUGGAACAAAUUCUCAGUGGCUCGCCCCUUCGGAGUAAGGGGGAGUCCGAAGGCGCUGGCAGUGCCAGGAACAGCCCGUUGGGUCCGAAGGCUGCGGGUGAGCCCUCUGCGCCCGCCAAGCGUGCACCAACUGUGGAAUACAGCACUCUUGACCCGGAGAGCAACGAGGAGCUGCGGGGAUCUCCUAUCGUCGACGUUGGUACGCCUGCACCGAUUUCGAAGCCUGCUGGUGCCAGCGAUGACUUCCGUUCACACUGCAAGUCCCGCAGUUCGUCCUCCUCCUCCGAAGAUGAUGGAGAUGAGAAGGGGAGUGCGGCCGGUGUCCUGGCUGGCGUCCCUCAAACGAAGAUGCCUGCCGGUGCUGCUGCCGAUGAAGAAACGAACUCCAGCUCCUCGGACAGCAGCAUCUACCUUGUCAGCACCUCGGAUCCCGAAGAGGUGGCCACACAACUGGGUGUCUCGGAGGCCAAGCUUAUAGGUGGCAAUGUUGUGGGCAGCCUCCGGUUCGAAAGCCGUGAUUGCGAACGGAGCUUUCUUGCUUCCGCAAGCCAUUCCUUCAGCUUCCCACUCCUGGAGCGGAGGCUAAUGAGGACCGGAGUGCCCAACAUGCUCCAGUGUGCCGAAGACCUGGCCUUGAAGUCUCUGGUGGCUUCGCGCUGCGCCGCUUGGCAGCUCCGAGCCGAAGGCAUGCAGUCCUCACGUGCGGCGGAAUUGGAAGAAAGAAUUGCUGCCCUGGAGAAGGAGAAGGCUGAUCUCCAAGCUUCGCUCGCCUCAGCCCGCUCCGAGGUCGAUGCGACCUCGAAGCAGCUCACCGAGGCCUGUCAGCGAGCCAGUGCCGCGGAGGAGGAAGCCAAGAAGGUGGAGGAGCGUCGGACCAAGACGAAGGAGACAUUGGGUCGGUUCUGCGAAGUUAUCGCUUCCGGUGCCGAGCUGCUCCAAGCAGAUAUCCACAAUCUGCUCGAGAGGUUUGGGCUGACGCCCCCUGAGUUGUCUGAGGAAGAUAACGUUGGGGUGGCUGAGCUGUUCCGCUGGCUUCGCGUCUGCGUGGCUAUGGCUGACACUGGCAGUCUCUUCUACGGAGACCUGAGCGCAGCCAUCGCUGCCCGUGCUCUGAGCGCCUCAGUGUGCGGUCUCCUUCUGGCGGAUUCGGGCAACUCCGGGAGUAUCACGAAGGCGCAGCUUCGCACGCUUUGCGACCGAUCAUUCCAGUGGCCGUCUGCCGAGGCCAUGCGGCCCGAGGUCCUACCUGCGCUGCCCAACAACAUUGCCAAGAACUUUGCUGAGACGUUUUUCCGAGAGAGGGGUCGCGGGCUGGUUCAGCUAGAGGGCGAAUGCCUGAAGGAGCAGCUGCAAGCCAAAGCCGAAGCCUGGGCUCGCGAAGUGGUGGGGGAUGCCGCUGCUAGGGACCUCCCAGAUUCUGACCCCAAGGCGGCGAGUGGCAGCGCUGAAGGCGACGAUGGCCGAGGAGCCGGCGAUGGAGCGCCCGGAGAGGUGUGAGGGCUAGUAGAUUUGUUGACCCAAGUAUUGUGCAAAAUGUUUUGUAACUUACACAUUCGGUGUCUGCGCAGGACCUUGCGUUGCAACCUGCACAGAUCACCGAAGGUAUAUUACCUUUGCGGAUGAGCCGCGGUGA